AUGGCCACCAACAACACCCCAGAACUUCUGGAUCUCACGAUCGACAACAUCACGCCGAACACGAUCCGGAUCAACUCACAGAGCGACAAUGCCCGCCUUAAAUACCUCAUGGAGCGGCUGGUUACGCACCUCCACGACUUCGCAAGGGAGACGCGAUUGAGUACCGAUGAGUGGAUGGCGGCGCUCAACUUCCUUGUCGGUUGCGGGCAGAUUAGCAGCGACGUCCGCCAUGAAUUCAUCCUCCUCUCUGACAUCCUGGGUCUCUCGCUGCUGGUCGACAGCAUUAAUCACCCGAAGCCGUCGGAUUCGACCGAGGGCUCAGUCUUGGGCCCCUUCCACACACACGAUGCGCCGACGCUGCAGAACGGCGCAAACAUGUCGGGAGAUCCCGAGGGCGAGCCGCUGCUAGUGAUUUGCACCAUCAAGGACCGGCAGGGUAACCCCAUCACCGGUGUCAAGAUUGAUAUUUGGGAGACGGAUAGCAGCGGACACUACGAUGUGCAGCACGAGGGGAGAACCGAAGCGAGCGAGCGUUGCGUCAUGGUCUCGGACAAAGACGGCCGGUUCUUUUUUCAAGGGAUCAAGCCUGUGAGCUACCCGAUCCCGCACGAUGGGCCAGUUGGGAAGCUCUUGGAGCUCCUGGGCCGUCAUUGCUGGCGGCCGGCGCAUCUGCAUUUCAUGUUCCAGAAGGAGGGCUGGGACCACCUGAUCACCGCGCUGUAUCUCCGGGGAGAUCCGUACGAGAAAUCGGAUGCGGUCUUUGGCGUCAAGAAGAGCCUCGUGGUGGAUCUUGACAAGGUGGACAAGGCGACGGCAGAAGAGUACAAGGUCAAGGAGGGCAGCUGGUUGCUUAAGCAGGACUUUGUACUGGUUUCGCAGAAGGAAACAGAGGAGCUGCGGGACCGGAAUGCCAUCGAGGCACUGGGGAAGCUGGGCCUGACGCACUUGAAGCUUGUGGACCACCUGCCUGUGCCUGAACUGGAUUGA